UGCAGAUUCUUGUUUCAUUAUAUUAAACAUCCUCCUCGAAGCAAUUCCACUCGAAUAACGCCCUUGAGUGCUCAUAUUUCAUUUUUUAUACUAAAUUAUUCAACAUGUUUAAUACCUUGUAUGAUUAUUUGUCGAACAUACCCGGCUGGCAUGUAUUAAGCUUCGGACUAACCGCUUACGUUGCGUACUAUCUGAUAUUGGUAGUUAAGCGUCCCACAUUCGUAUGCGCUGAUGGUCCGCUGAAAAAUUUUCUUCUGCAAGAAAUACCCACAUUGAAUACGAAAUUUUGGCCUACAUUUUGGUGCUUAGACAGUCGUGCUCAAACUGUGUUUGCGAGUGUGCUACGUUCCAAAACCAUACCUGAUAUUACUUAUAAAAGAGAAAUUUUCACGCUGAAGGAUGGUGGUGAAGUCGCCUUGGACUGGAUGGAUGAUAAUUGCAAUUCGAAUGCGCCCUGUAUUAUUAUUUUGCCCGGUUUAACGGGUAAUUCUCAAGAUGAAUAUGUUAAGUGUCUGGUUUUUGCGGCCAACAAUGUAGGCAUACGUGUUGUCGUAUUCAAUAAUCGUGGCCUAGGCGGCGUAGAAAUUAAAACGCCGCGUCUCUACAAUGCCUGCAAUUGCGAGGAUUUGGCAGAAGUGGUGCAACAUGUGCGAAGUGUUGUGCCUGCUCACUGUAAACUUGGCGCUACCGGUAUUUCAAUGGGUGGCCUAGUAUUGGGCAACUACUUGGCGCGCAAUAGUGAAGAAGCACGCGCAUAUUUGUCGGCCGCUAAAAUUAUAUCAGUGCCUUGGAAUGUACAUAAAGCUAUCGAUAGUAUUGAACAGCCUAUUUUAAAUAAUCUUCUUGGACGUGUUUUGGCGCAAAGCAUGUACCACACACUAAAAAGCAGCGGACUACAUAAGCAUCAGGAACUUGAUAUGAGAAGUAUUAAAUCGUGCAGAUCAAUCAGACAAUUUGAUACUGAAUUUACCAUUAAACAUUUUGGCUAUCCAAGCGUGGAAGAUUACUACAAUGAUGCUACUUUGCAAGACAAAUUACACCACAUCUCUGUGCCAUUACUUUGUUUGAGCGCUGCCGAUGAUCCAUUUCAACCGCUGGACGCUAUUCCCAUUCAGGCCGCAAGCGAAUGUAGUCAUGUUGCUAUUAUUGUAACGGCUCGUGGUGGUCAUAUUGGUUUCUUGGAAGGUUGCUGGCCCUCGGCGAAAGAUCAAUAUAUGAGUCGUGUUUUCGUGGAGUAUUUUUCGAAGGCAUUAUUCGAUGAGCAUGGUGAAUUUCAACGCAUCAAAGAUGUACUACACCGAAAGUAUCUGGAGAAACAUUCAGUGUAUUGACAAUAAAGCCUUACGAAUUGUUUAAUUUUGAAUUUCAACGUGUUAAUUAAAUGAAUAAAAUGUUAA